CGCUACAUAAAGCGUGAAGUAUCGGUGAAAUUUAAGGACAGGCUUUUGGCGGCAGUAGAUUUCUUAGAUAUUUAUUGCAAUUUUGAAAAUGGUUGAAAAUAAAAAUAAAAGUAUUGAACUGACAGAUCAUGAGGCUGAAUUAUAUGAUAGACAAAUUCGUUUAUGGGGUUUAGAAUCACAAAAGCGCUUACGGGAGGCUAGGGUUUUAUUAAUAGGCCUAAAUGGUUUUGGAGCAGAAAUAGCAAAAGAUAUUAUUUUAGCAGGUGUUAAAGCAGUUACAUUUUUAGAUCAUAGAAAUGUAACAGCUGAAGAUCGAUGUUCUCAGUUUUUAGCACCUAAAGAAUCAAUUGGAAAAAAUAGGGCUGAAGCGUCGCUACAGAGAGCAAAAAAUUUAAAUAGUAUGGUCAAUAUUGAAGCAGACACAUCAAAUGUUGAUGAUAAAGCAGAUAUAUAUUUUGGAAACUUUGAUGUUGUAUGUGCAACACAAUGCACUAUUACUCAAUUAGAAAGAAUUAAUGCAGCAUGCAGAAAGCAUAAAGUAAAGUUCUUUGCUGGAGAUGUGUGGGGAACUUUGGGUUAUACCUUUGCUGAUUUAAUAGUUCAUGAAUAUGCAGAGGAUGUAGUACAAACUAAAAAAAUACAGCUCUCAGGAAGUGGUGAGCCUAUGCAAAAAGAGAAAUUUGAGAACAUAACUGUUACAGAGAAGCACACAGAUACCUUUGUGCCUUUUGAAUCAGUCUUAGAUGUUCCAAAGGCUUCUCUUCCUAAAGAGUCAGAGAUAUAUUAUAUGAUAUUAAUACUGCUCAAUUAUCGCGAGAAAUAUAACAAAGAUCCAUUACCUAGUGAAAGAGGUUCUGAGGAUUUCAAGGCAGAAGCAGACAAAAUUAUUAAAAAAUACGAUCUUGAGAAUAGGAUAAAUAAUUUAUUAGAGGGUGAUAUAUACGCGCAAAUUAGUCCAGUCUGUGCUAUUGUUGGAGGUAUUAUGAGUCAAGAGAUAAUUAAAGCGGUCUCGCAAAAGGGCGCUCCACACAAUAAUUUGUUCAUCUUUAAUCCAGACACAUUGUGUGGAAAAAUUUUGAGAUUGGGUCAGUAAUGAUAAUCUUGUAUCACGGUGUAUGAUUGUAUGCUUGAAUAUUUCGGUGUACAUGCGAUUGUCACAACUUUCAUAAUUUCUCAUUCCAUGUUUUUUGCUACAAAAAUACAAUAAAUGUAUGCUAAAAGAAAAAGAAUA